AUGGUUAGCUUCAAGUCCCUCGUCUUUGCCUCUCUCGCCGCUCUUGCGGUGGCGAGCCCUGUCGAUCUCGACAAGCGCCAGGAACUGGCAGCAUCACCUCGCAAGGGCUGCUCUCUCAACGCUGCCGGACAGACUCUCGGCUCCAACGCCUACCCCCACACUUUCAACAACCGCGAGGGUCUCACGUUUGCCACCGCCGGUCCCUAUCAAGAGUUCCCCAUCCUCACCUCUGGUGUUUACAGCGGUGGCUCCCCUGGCGCCGACCGCAUCGUCUUCAGGCCCAACUAUAACGGCCAGUGCGUCUACGUCGGCUCUAUCACUCAUACUGGUGCCUCGGGCAACAACUUCGUCUCCUGCAUCACCAGCUAA